AUCAAGAUGGCAUCUAAAAAGUGACGUUGAUGACUUAAAUGUCAAAAUAUUGAGAACACAAUAUGUAUUUUCCAGUUGGCUGGCCAAAAUAUCUUAAAGAAACACAACAUGAUUCCCCACCGCUGCAGUAUAUUAUUAGUAGCUGCGAUAGAAUGUUGUUUGCCAUAUUGUGUGAAGACACCAUCAGUAUUUGGUACUGUAAGCCACCAGUUCAGAUAGUAAAUUACACACAGUCACAGAGAGAUUUAGACAAAUUUGGGGCAUACACAUUAGCAGAAUGGAAACCUGACUCGUCUAUGAUAGCUGUCAUGACAAGUAAACACCAUGUGAUAUUCUUCAAAGUAGAUUUAGAUAUAUCUGUACCAAAUCAUCACUGUCUAUAUGUACAGCAGGAGGGAAAACUUUAUAAUACAAAGAAAGAUUUAAAUGGAAUACCUGAUAGUGACAGUGUUCCAGCAAUAAAGAUUGGACCAUGUGCUCAGCUCAAUUUAGAGGCCAGUAUUACUUGUUGUUUGUGUGUUCGAGAAGAUCUAGUCAUUGCUACAUCAGAUGGGCAUUUAAAUAGAAUCAAAUGGAAUGGAACUAAGAGUGAAAAGAAUUCAUUGUUCAUCAGAGAUUUUCCUGUCUCUAUGGAUUUCCAAAACACAAAAGCUGCCAAACUUACAGAAUCCGAUGGUUAUGUUGUACAUAUGGAAUAUAGCCCUAUCAUUGGAGGCUAUGUAAUGGUUCUUUCCUCCGGAAGGGCCAUGUUUGUAAUACCACCUUCUACCAAAGCAGACAAUGGUGUUGCUCAAGGUGUAUGGGUAAAGGAUCUUAAAGAUGCAGUAUGUCUGGCUGUUAACCAUAGAUACAGACUUAUGGCAUUUGGUUGUAAAAGUGGUGCAGGAGUUGUGUAUGUGAUAAAUGAGGUCGAGGGUACAUUAGAAGUGUCAUAUAAUUUAGCUGUGUCAAGUAAAGACUAUCCUGAUGCAGCUCAAACAGCUGGUUCUGUUCAUUGCAUGAAAUGGACACCAGAUGGCACUGCUUUAGCUUUAUGUUGGAAAAAUGGUGGUUAUUCCUUAUGGAGUGUAUUUGGUUCAUUAUUAGUGUGUUCUUUAGCUGGUGAAUAUAGUUUUCCCUUUGACAGUGUGCAUUUAUUUCCACCUCCAGUCAAAGCUAUGGAGUGGGGUCUAGAAGGUUAUCAGUUAUGGAUGGUUUGUGGUGACCAGAAAGAGGCUCAUCAAACUGAUUACAAUGAUAAUACACAGUGUUCACAUGCCAUGCAGCUUCAUUUUGUCAAAAGUGCUCUCACUGUCAAUCCUUGUUCAGCAAACCAUGAACAUGUGUUUUUACAAGGAGAAGAUAAGAUUUAUUUAAAUAUGGGAGAUAGCUCUCAGAAGCCUAGUCAUUUAGAAUCUCAUGUGUCAGUUGGCAACAAACUCUGGCAGAUGAUUCCUAUAUCACACAGCUAUCUUGCCUCAAAUUGGCCUAUUAGGUAUGCAGCUGUAGAUAAAACUGGUCAGUGUGUGGCCGUAGCAGGGAAGACUGGGCUGGCACAUUAUACUUGUUCUAAUAGGAAAUGGAAGUUAUUUGGUAAUGAAACACAGGAAAGAGAUUUAGUAGUAUCUGGAGGAAUGUCAUGGUGGAAAGAUUUUAUAUGUGUUGCCUGUUACAACAUUGUGGGACAAAGAGAUGAAAUAAGGUGCUAUCCACGAAGUUGUAAAUUAGAUAAUACAUUUUCCAUGUCAGUGAAAGUGCCGUCACAGAUUUUAUUACUAAAUAUAUUCAGGGAUAUACUCAUUGUUUUUUGCAUAGACUCUCAUAUAAUGUUAUUUAAUUUGGAGAGAAAGAAUACUCAAUCUAAUCCGGCAUUAGAUAUCAACAAACGACAGGAAGUCUCACUGAACAAUUAUGUACCACAUCCUGUCUGUGUCACAGGAUUGGCACUUUCUUCCCUCAAAACAGAGUAUGGUGCUAAGAAUCAGCAUAUUGCCAAAGAAGCUGAAAGUUUAUUGUUAAAUGUUGCUGGUAAAUUGUUAAUGUUUCCACGUGAUAAUACUGGUCCUCAAAUCAAAGAAAACAACCAACCAAAAAAUAAACCAUUGCCAUUUUGCCCACCAGCAAUGGUUGCCACAAAUGUUGAAAACAUGUGGACAUCAUCUAGAGUCAAUGUAGGAAAGGCUCAGUUAAUGGAAGCUUUAUGGCUAGGUUGUGGUGCACAAGGAAUGAAGGUUUGGUUGCCAUUAUACCCAAGAGAUGAAUCAAAAACACAUAACUUCAUGUCUAAGAGAAUUAUGCUACCAUUCAGAGUAGAUAUACACCCCCUAGCUGUGUUAUUUGAAGAUGCUGUGAUACUUGGUGCUGCCACUGAUGCUGUGACAUACAAUUACAAGUCACCUGGAGAACCAGGACAUGCUAUGCAUAAUUUACCUUUCUCCACAAUUGAACGAACUAGUCAGAUUUAUUUACACCACAUCUUAAGACAGUUGUUAAGAAGAAAUCUUGGUGUAAAUGCAUUGGACAUUGCCAGAUGUUGCACAGAGCUUCCUUAUUUCCCUCACGUGUUAGAGCUAUUGUUACAUGAAGUGUUAGAGGCCGAGGCUACAUCCAAAGAACCAAUUCCUGAUCCAUUACUGCCACGUGUUGUAGCAUUUAUACAAGAGUUCCCAGAAUAUCUACAAACAGUUGUACAUUGUGCAAGGAAAACAGAAGUUGCAUUAUGGCCUUAUCUUUUCUCCACAGUUGGUAAUCCAAAAGAUCUGUUUGAAGUAUGCUUAGUAGAUAACCAGUUAGAGACUGCAGCUUCUUAUCUUAUAAUAUUACAAAACUUAGAAAGACCAAUUAUAAGUAAACAGCAUGCCACACUAUUACUGGAUUCUUCAUUAGAAAAUGGUAAAUGGGAGCUGGCCAGAGAUAUUAUCAGAUUCCUUAAAGCUAUAGAUCCAGCUGAAGUUGAGUCCUACCAGCUAUCUAGUUCUUUAAGUCGUGUAAACAGUGGCUCCUCUUACCCCUCAAGUUACUCUAGCCCACCAAUCACACCUCCUGAUACAGAUGGCUUUAGCUUUAGUAGUGUUAGUAAUGUCAGUAAUUUGAAUAGAGUUCGAAGUUCUAGCGUGACAGGAUCUGAAGUACAGAAUGUUCCUAAAGGCAAAGAAAAACUGAAACAUACCAAGUCAGAUAAUCCAUUGUUUAGAAGUAUACGACAGUCAUCAAAAAACAAAGAGGAACAACCAUCAGAUCAGAUGUUUAUUGAUACUUUAUUAUGUCGACAUGCUAGAAAACUUCUAGAAGAAAAUCGAUUAAGGGAUUUAGGAUUCUUUGCUGGUAAUGUGGAGGGCUUUCAUUUUGUUACGUGGCUAAAACAGGAAAGAUUAAAAGGUGGAAAAGUUGAAGACUUUGUCACAGCAUUACGAGACCUACAUCAUCAGUUCCAGUGGCCAUUACCUGUCUUAUCAUAUGCUCAGUUUCAACAAAUGAAAUUUAAGAAUUUUUCGACAUCUAGUUUAGGAUCUUUGUCACUUUUAGAUGAUGAUAUAGUAGACUCCACAAAGACGAUGGAAAAUGAACAAAGUUCACAUCCUGGCAGGUUAAAAUCUCAAAUGAGUGAUCCUAACAUGUCACAAUCACUCACUGAUGAUAUAUUCCUUAAGCCACAGGUGUCUAGAACUGAAGAAAGUAGUUUAGCCACAAUGGAAAUAUCAGAUAACAGUUCAUUGUUAGGAGAAUUUGACUACAUGAUAGAAAACAGCUCACAAUCAGAAUCUCUUUCUCCUGAGUUAGAACUUUUAUCACAAGAAAUAGCUAACAAGGGACCACAUCAGUCUGAGCUGGAACUCAGAUAUUUGCUACAGAUCAUGUUAGAAGCAGGUUGUUUAGAAUGGGGUCUGUUAGUAUCUAUUGUGAUACGAGAUGCUUUAGCUGUUGUUAGGACAGUAAAUACUGCCAGUAUGACAGACACGCCUUUAGAGAUAGUAGGAAGAAUGAGAGAGGGACUUUCAUAUCUAGAGUUGUGGUCAGACACAGAAUGUGUUGGAUACAAGCCAUUUUUUCAUGCCAUUAGAGGACAAAUUCAAGUGUUAUCAAAACUAGUAGAACAAACUCCACCGACAUUACAUCUUGAGCCAAUUGAUCCUUCACCCAUUAGUGAGGAACAGUUGUCACCUGUACCACAAGAUAUACGGACUUUAGACAAAGAUUCACCAGAAAAAGAUGUGGAGAAAACAAAGGAAGAGAAACCUAGUGAAUGUGCCGUAUCAUAGUUAUUUGUUAUUGUUUUAAAUGUAUAUUGUUUAUGUUAUGUGGUUUAUGGACCAGAAUAAGUGUAUUCUUCCAUGACGAUAAGUCAAAUGUGAUAUUGAGUGAGAAAGUUCCAAGUUAAUACAUUUAUAUUAAAAUUAGGCCUUUUGUUUUGUUUCUAAAUCUACAUUUAUCUUUAAGUUACAUACAUAGGAUUAAAUUUGUUGUUGAAGUAGUCUUAUUAUGGAAGAUAAAUUAUCAAGCAUUGAAAACUGUAAUAUGGACAAUUCUGUGCCUCUGAUAGGUGUAUGUGAGGAGAUGAAGUGUUAACAAAUAGACCUAUAUGAAUAAGAGUUCAAAUUAAAAGUUCUUUUGAGAAUGUGAAAACACUUACAUUGAAUCAAACUGUGUUUUAUAGCAAUUUUUAGUUCAAUAAUAAUUUUUACGAAGAUGAUAUCGUGUAGAAUUGACUAUUUGUAUAGUUUCUAUUUUAAAAACCCAUUAAAGAUACUACAUUUAUAAUUUGGUACGUUAGAGAUGUGUUUGUGUACAUAAGACUCAUCAGUGGCGCUCGAAAGGAGGAAUGUUAAUUUAAAUGGGGAAGUUUGAAAAUUAGCUUUUAUUAUGUGCAGGGUAAUUAUUCCUGUAGACAAAAGGUUGUAAAUAAAUCAGUUUAAUUAUUUUUUGUUUUAUAAGAAAAACUUCAUCUAAAUGUGUCAAAAGUGAAUAUGAUUAUUGAUUUAUAUGAGGAAGUGUUAUAACUCAAAAUACAUGUUGUGUUCAUACAAUCUUCAACCAUUUACAUGGAGAAAUGUAUUCAUUAUGUGCUUAGUUAACUUGGAACUUUCACACAAUUUUAAGGCUUUCAGUGGAUUCUGUAUAAAUAAUAAAAGUAAACAUAU